AUGCCUUUUCAAAAUACUACUGGUGGUGGAACUCUUACAAAUAUUAUUAAUAAGAGAAGACGAUUGAGAAAACAAAAUGCAAAUAAACCAUAUUUCAGACAAAUAAAUAACGAGGAUACUUUGAAUCUUAUCGCACAACUUUCUAGUCAAAACACAGAUAAUCAAAUCAUAAAUGAUUUUUUCAACGGAUUCUC